AGAAAACGAAUAGUGCGCUGACGUCCUCUUAAGAGUGGUCGCACUUUAUGAGUAAAAUUCAUAAACGGUUGAAAAAUUGUUUCCAAAAUAAAUGAACACAACUGUUUUACCGUAUGUUUUUAUUCAUAUAGAAUGCUGAAUGAUUGGCCAAACACAUAUGCAAUGACAAAAGCAAUUGCCGAAGGCGAAAUCACAACACACGGCAAAGGGUUACCCAUUGGAGUGGUAAGGCCGUCGAUGAUAGUGGCAACCGACAGCGAACCGGUCCCCGGGUGGAUCAACAACAUCUACGGACCGACAGGAGUCGUCGCGGCCACCGCCGUUGGACUCAUGAGGUGCCUGUUAGCCGAUCCCGACCUAAUAGCUGACAUCGUGCCCGGAGAAUUCGUCAGCAACGCCGUUGUGGCCUCUGCCUGGGACAUCCACAACCAAUGGAAAGAGCAUAAAAACUCCAAUUGUGAAGUUGAAGCAGACGGUUUGAAUAAGGAACAAUUCGUGCCACCAAUUUACAAUGUCGUUUCUUCGAGGUCUAACCCAUUAACAUGGGGAGAAUUUUCAGUGUUCAACAAAAAAUAUGGAUGUCAUAUUCCAUCUGUAAAAGCGCUCUGGCCAUUUAUGUUGAGGCUUACUAAAAAUCAUUACGAAUUUACAAUUUUAUGUUUUCUCCUCCACACCUUACCCGCGUACAUUAUCGAUUCCUUAGCGAAACUUACGGGAAGAAAGCCACAAUUAAUAGACGGAUACAAGAAAAUUCACAAAUUCAUCGAAGUCAUAGCGUACUUCGCCCUACAGUCGUGGACGUUCCACGACAACAACACGAAGUCGCUGAUAAAAAAACUGUCCAAACUGGACCAGUCCCUAUUUAAGUUCGACAUGAAUAAAUUAGACUGGAACGAGUAUUUCAAAAAACACGUGGUGGGCAUUCGACUGUACAUCGUAAAAGAUCCAAUGGAAACGGUGCCGGUAGCGUUAAAACGAAAUAAAAAACUGUUCAUGAUUCACUACACAUUAAUGUCUUUUUUGGUGGCAUUAUUGAUGACAGUAGUCUACGGACUGUUCCUACUCUUCUUGUAGGCAAUUCUAAUCUCUGCUGUGUCCUAAAUGGUAAUUAUAACUGCAUUUAACAAACAAAAUAUAUUUGUAAUAUGAACCUAUUGUAAUACAUGUCUCACUUACUUACGAUGUAGGUAUUUCACUUUUACUCAAAGUUGUGUAAUUUUAUGAAAAUUUUUUUUACUUGAAUUCAUCAACUUCAUUUUUCAAUACCUAUACUACAAUGUGUAUUAUAUAUUUAUAUAUAUGUAUUAUCAUUAAUUGUACAAUUUCGCUCUUUUAUGCACGCACUUAUGCUAUAUAUUAUAAUAUUAUAUAUACCUACCUAUAAGCAUAAUGUGUCAGUAUUUUUUGUAAGUGGAAUAAAUAAUUAUUAUUGCGAA